GCACGCUGAAACAGGCACUACACUCCCACUCUCGUCUCGCACCGCGCCGCCGGCGGAAGAGAUGGCGGAGCUUCGGCACUCGACGGCGGCGGCGGCCGCCCGCGCAUCCAACUCUCCGGCAAAGCGCGACUCCGACGCGUCCUCCGCCUCCUCCCCAUUCGCUUCCACCUCCGCCGCCCGCGGCCGCGACGACGACGGCAAGGACGCCCACCGCUCCUCACCUCUCCUCCCGCACCACCAUCACCACAAGCAGCUCCUUCCGUCCCCCCUCCGCUCCCUCCUCGCCCUCGACGAGCCCAGGCCCCCCACCGCCUCCCUCUCCUACCGGAUCUUGCUCGCCGUCCUCGCGCUCCUCCUGCUCGCGGCCCUCUUCUCCGCGCCCUCCCUCUGGUCCCGCUUCAACGUGCCCUACUUGUGCCAGAAGGAGGGGAUCACGCUGCAUUGCCCUCAGACGAAGGAGCCUCUCUCACUGUGGGAGAACCCGCGUGCUGCCACCGCGUCCUGGAAGCCCUGCGCAGAGCGUCGAAGUGAUGAGCCCUCAGAUGUUCCACCUGAGAAGGAAACCUCUGGGUAUAUUUUUAUUCAUGCCGAGGGUGGACUGAACCAGCAACGAAUAGCUAUAUGUAAUGCUGUUGCAAUUGCUAAGAUAAUGGAAGCAACACUUAUUUUGCCAGUUCUGAAGCAGGACCAAAUAUGGAAAGACCAGACUAAAUUUGAAGAUAUCUUCGAUGUGGAUCAUUUUAUAAACUAUCUGAAGGACGACGUACGCAUUGUCCGAGACAUCCCUGACUGGUUCACAGAAAAAGAUGAACUCUUCACCAGUAUAAAUGUGGUCUAUGACAGGCGUACCGUGAAGAACAUCCCAAAGUAUGCAUCUGCACAGUUUUACAUUGAUAAUGUACUUCCAAGGAUCAAAGAGAAAACAAUAAUGUCUAUUAAGCCAUUUGUCGACAGGUUGGGGUAUGACAAUGUUCCGAUGGAGAUUAACCGACUAAGAUGCAGAGUUAAUUAUCACGCCUUAAAGUUCUUACCCCAUAUUGAAGAAAUGGCCGAUAAGCUGGCAACACAGAUGAGGAACCGAACUAGCAGCGGGAAUCCAUACAUGGCCCUUCAUCUGAGAUAUGAGAAAGGAAUGGUGGGCCUGUCCUUUUGUGAUUUUGCUGGAACACGUGAGGAGAAAGUGAUGAUGGCAGCUUAUAGACAGAAAGAAUGGCCACGGCGCUUUAAGAAUGGAUCUCACCUGUGGCCAUUAGCAUUACAAAAGAGAAAAGAAGGGCGUUGCCCCCUUGAGCCUGGUGAGAUAGCUGUGAUCCUGCGAGCACUGGGAUACACAAGGGAAACACAGAUAUAUGUUGCAUCAGGGCAAGUGUACGGUGGCAAAAACAGGAUGGCUCCCCUCAGAAACAUGUUCCCCAACUUGGUGACCAAGGAGGAGUUGGCGAGCACGGCGGAGAUGGAGCACUUCCGGAAGCACGUGACGAGCCUGGCGGCGCUGGACUUCCUGGUGUGCCUCAAGUCGGACGUGUUCGUGAUGACGCACGGCGGCAACUUCGCCAAGCUCAUCAUGGGGGCGCGGCGCUACAGCGGGCGCCACCGGCUCAAGUCCAUCAAGCCCGACAAGGGGCUCAUGUCCAAGUCCCUCGGCGACCCGUACCUGGCCUGGGCCUCCUUCACCGAGGACGUCGUCAUCUCGCACCAGGCCCGCGGCGGCCUCCCCGAGCCCACCUUCCCCGGCUACGACCUCUGGGAGAACCCCCUCACCCCCUGCAUGUGCAGAGCAUGAGACAGACCAGAGUAGCGGCAGACGAAUGACAAGCCACUGCUAAGCUAGCUAUAGCGCUUUCGUUGAUGUCCUCCUGAUUUUGUUCAUACGACACUACUACUAGCAAUAGGUGCUCCUGCGGCCUUGGCUAUCUAAGUUUUUGUGUUGUGUAGAUUAUCAGAAUUCAGUAGUGGUUCACCGGAUAGAUUGGUGCUUUCACGCACGGCGCAGAGGCGCGGUUUAUCGAAACAGAUAUUGCGUUCUUGGCUGAUUAAUCGUGCGAUAAAACCCCACGAGAAACAAAAGGGAAAUGCUGAUUAUUCAGAUAUCGUAUUCUUGA